GCCGUUCACAAAUUCUUACAAUAUCUCCAACUUGCGCCAAAGAAAGUUCAGCAAGUCGAAAAAGUUUCGAAAUUUGAUAAAUUCCAAGUGACAUUUUGCAAUUUUAGAAAGUUUUCGGUGUGCCUGUAUAAUUUUUGUGAUAUUUUUUUAAAAAGUUUUGGAUAGUAACCAUCAAACAUGUCUACUUGCGUGGAGGCCGGAUUAAAAUCAAAAGUAGCUUUAUUCAACAAUCUUUCUGACAAUCACACCAAAAAGCAAGCGGUGAACCCCUUCUCGAACGGCAACACUGUAGCUAGCUUAGGGAAACCAAAAAUAUCAAAGGAAGACUAUGGAAAGCCUCCAAAAGGUUCUCUAUCUGAGCAAAGAGGGUUCAAGGCAACCAUCAGUGUCUGCAGGGAGAUGCUCCAGUUGUGUGAAGUGAUCAACCAAUUCGGGGAACCCUUGUUCGCUGCUCACGAGAAGAAAAAUGACCCUAGGAAAGUUAUCAGUUUUGGAAACCUUUUCUCGAUUUAUACGGCAAUCUCAGAUAAAGUGGUUGGUAUGCUUAUAAGAGCCAGGAAAUAUCAGUUGGUUGAAUUUGAAGGAGAAUGCCUCUUCCAAAGGCGCGACGACCAUGUACCAAUCAUCUUACUCAAAUCCUAUCCAGAAAUCUACAAAAUCCUGAACGAAAAAAUAUCAGCUGCCAAUGCCCAACUUAAAGAAAGCAUAGCCGUCUACGGCGACCUUGAAACAAGCACUGGAAACUAUAUUUAAUUCUAGCUUUAAUUUAUUUAUUUAAAUUAAUUUAUUUGAGGACCACUUAUUCUGUAAAUGCCUGUAAGAAAACAUCCACAAGUGCGAAUGAAAAAAA